UUCAUCCGCCAUUCACUUCACUUUCUCUCUCCUCCGCUCACUCCCUGACACCACCCGUGAUGCUCCUCAGUCCUCAGAGUUCAAUCCCCCCCACUCUUGUCCCUUUUUUCAUUCUAUUCAAUAUCAUCAUUUACUCUCACAACUCACAAACAAUAAAUAUAAUCUCUUCCAACCCAUUACUCAACUUCCAACCAAGAAAAAAAUGAGUGAUAAUAAUACUACUACUAAUAAUCAAUCUUCUAUCUUACUACUUCUCUUCACUCUCACAACCUUCUUCUUCUACAAUGCAACUUCUGUAACUUACUAUACAGACAUUACAGUACUAAAACUACUCAAACAAUCAAUUUCUCCAAACUCACUCACACCAGGUUCCUGCAUUUCUUCCUGGGAUUUCUCUUACGACCCAUGUGACUCUCUCUUCUCCGACAAAUUCACAUGCGGUUUCACUUGCGACCGAGUUAACUCUUCCAACAUCACCCGAGUUACUGAACUCGGUCUUGACCAGGCGAGUUACUCAGCUUCUCUCUCUUCAAUUCCAUGGAACAAUCUUCAAUUUCUCCGCUCUCUCGACUUAACAGGCAAUGCAUUUCAUGGCAACAUCCCUGAUUCUCUCUCCAACCUAACUCGCCUCACUCGACUCGUUCUCUCCCGUAACUCGCUCUCGGGUUCCAUCCCAGACUCACUGAGUCAACUCGGCGCACUCGAGGAGAUCUACCUCGACUACAACUCGUUAGUGGGUCCCAUCCCGGGUAGUUUUCGUGGUUUGCGGGGAUUAAAGAGGGUCGAGUUGCAGGGGAAUCAACUCAGUGGCGAGUUUCCUGAUCUGAGUCGACUCACUCAACUCGAGUUUUUGGAUACGAGUGAGAAUCUCAUUACUGGGAGAGUACCGACGAAUUUACCGUCUUCUCUGACGGAGAUUUCGAUGAGGAAGAAUUUACUGAGUGGAGAUUUACCGGGGGAAAUAUUGAGAAAUUUACCGUUUUUGCAAGUUUUAGACUUGAGUUUUAACCAACUCAGUGGGUUAAUUUCAGCGAGUUUCUUCACUCACUCAGUUUUACAACAAGUUUCUCUCUCCAAUAAUAAACUCACUUCGAUUGAGGUACCGAGUGGACUCGGUGCUGACUCGGGGUUAAUAGCGAUUGAUUUGAGUAACAAUGAGUUAAGUGGGCUUUUACCUGGGUUUAUGGGCUUAAUGCCGAAACUAUCAGCUUUGACACUAGAGAAUAAUAAGUUUAUGGGCCUUAUACCGACUACAUAUGCUUUGAAGAUGGUUUGGGCCGAGCCUGGUGUUGUUCCAUUUGAGAGAUUGUUAUUGGGUGGGAAUUACUUGUUUGGCCCAAUACCUGAUCCAUUAAUGAAGUUGGAGCCUGGGUCGACCCGUAUAAAUUUAGUGGAUAAUUGUUUGUUGGUGUGUCCAAACACGGUGUUCUUUUGUCAAGGUGGUGAUCAGAAGUCUGUAGUAGAGUGUAGGACUAGCCUUGGCCCUGUUAUUCCUUAUAAUUAAUUCACAACUUUUUUUAUGGGGGUUUUAGUUGUUUAGUGUAGUUCUAGAGUGUUACAUCCUUAUUCAAAUGUUUCUUUUUCUCUACUUGAGGAAAAAAAAGAUCUAGGUGAUUUUUUUGAAUAAGUUGUGAAUUGAUGUUUUUCCCCCAAAAAUCCAAUGCUUUUAGUAGAAAUAUUAUGUAUUUUUGGUUCUCAUUCCUCUCUAUAAAUAAUCUUUUCGAACUUAA